AUGUCUGCUACCAGAGCCCAGUCCCUUCGCACCUUGACGAGGGCCCGCGCGCCCGUUCGCACCCGUGCCACCCAGUUUAAGCGCGGAUACGCCAGCGAAAACCCCAAUGUUAGCGGAGCGAGCGCUGGCGCCAACGAUCCCACUCCUAAGAAAGGCUUCCCCUUCAUCGCCGUAGGUGCUGCCGUCGGCAUCCCCGCCAUCGGUUGGUUUUUCUGGGGCAAGUCCAAGGAUGAAUCCUCGCCCUCGAGUACCGGCGAGAAGACACGCGGAGGGACAUUCAACGAGGAGCCGAGCAGGAGCGUGCCCGACAAGCAAGCCAAGGGUAAAGAGGAGAAGCCCGCUUCCACCAAGGCGGUGGCACCCGAUAACGAGCGAUUGCGAAAGGAAACCACGACCCGUGGCCCCAUGGAGGUAGUACAAGCAGCGCGGGCUUGCACCGCCAACAUUAUGGCUCUCGUUGCCAUUGUAGAUUACCUCCAAGACGUACUCUCCCGGCUUCCUCAAGGCACCAACCGCCCGCCGUGGUCUCCUACGAGACUCCGCGUGCUUGCUUAUACCUGCCCUUGCAUGGUGUUCGCUCGCAUCGACAAUCGCCUCGACGAUCUCGAGCUUGGCGGAGACGGACUCAGCACGCCCAACUGCGAUGUCAACAGAGUCUGCGCUCUUUCUUGCUUCCAUACUGUUUGCUGCUUCCUGUGCUGUUUCUCGACCGGGAACGAACUCGUGUGGCAGCGGGAGCGAGCCCGAAAUUUCGGCUUCCGGAGCGCGGAGCGGUUCGAGUAUAUCGAAGCUACUUUUAAACCCUUCAAGUUUCUCGUCAAUAGCGAGGAAGGGGUCCAUAGUCUCUGCGCCGAGCGAGCGAGGCGCCGCCGAUUUUAUGAGGGGUACAAGGCCAACGAGCCCAUGCGGCUGCCCAUGAGAGCCGGAGGUGGAGAGCUCGAGGGCCAGCGAAAAUACUCUGAGAACCUCUGGGUUUGCCCAAGAAGGCUCUAG